AUGGCGAAAGAGGAAGAUGAAGAGAAGAAAGCUAAGAAAGGAAAGAAGGGCAAGAAGGCCCCGGAGCCGGAGAAACCCAAACGCAGCCUGAAGGGCACCUCUCGGCUGUUCAUGGGCUUCCGAGACCGCACGCCCAAGAUCUCCAAGAAGGGUCAGUUCCGGAGCGCAUCGGCCUUCUUCUGGGGCCUCCACACUGGCCCGCAGAAGACCAAACGCAAGAAGAAGGCCCGUACUGUACUCAAGUCUACAUCCAAGCUCAUGACGCAGAUGCGUGUGGGCAAAAAGAAGCGGGCGAUGAAGGGAAAGAAGCCCUCGUUCAUGGUGAUCCGCUUCCCGGGACGGCGUGGCUACGGCCGCCUGAGGCCUCGUGCCCAGUCGCUUAGCAAGGCAUCCACAGCUAUUAACUGGCUGACCAAGAAGUUCCUCCUCAAGAAGGCGGAGGAGUCAGGCAGUGAGCAGGCCACGGUGGAUGCCUGGCUCCAGCGCUCAAGCUCCCGAGUCGGCUCGCGUAAGCUGCCCUUCCCGUCGGGCGCUGAGAUCCUGCGGCAUGGCGGCCGGCUCCGCAGGUUCCCCCGCAGCCACAGCAUCUACUCAUCCGGGGAGCCCGUGGGCUUCCUGCCCUUUGAGGACGAAGCCCCAUUCCGCCAUGCAGGCUCCCGCAAGUCGUUGUAUGGGCUUGAGGGCUUCCAGGACCUGGGUGAAUAUUAUGACUACCACCGUGAAGGCGACGACUACUAUGACCAGCAGUCGCUACACCAUUACGAGGAGCAGGAGCCCUACUUGUCUGGGUUUGGUGCAUACAGCCCAGCCUGGCCACCCUAUGACGACUACGGGUACCCAUCCGGAGACCCGUACAACUACUACCAUCCUGACUACUAUGGUGACACCCUCUACCCCGGCUAUGGAUAUGGCUAUGGCUACGAUGAUUUUGAGCCCCCGUAUGCGCCCCCAUCAGGGUAUUCAUCUCCUUACAGCUACCACGACAGCUUUGAGGAGGAGGCCUACCCAUACAGCUACUACCUGGAUCCCUAUGCACCUCACCACAUGCUGUAUCCGCCCUAUGACUUUCCAUAUGACACUCCUUAUGACAUACCCUACUUCGAUCCCUAUGGCGUUCCCUAUACUGAAGGCAUCUAUGGUGGUGGAGCUGAGGCCAUCUACCCCCCUGGGGUGCCCUAUGUAUAUCCAGAAGAGCCAGCUUUUAUGUACCCCUGGGUGCCACCACCCAUAUUGUCGCCCCACAACCCAUAUGCCUACCCUAUGGAUGACAUUGCAGAGCUGGAGGAGCCUGAAGAAGUGGGUGGAGAACGGCAGAGCACCUCCUUCCGCCUUCCCAGUGCCGCCUUCUUUGAGCAGCAAGGCAUGGACAAGCCAGCCAGAUCCAAGCUGUCCCUCAUCCGGAAGUUCCGCCUCUUCCCCCGGCCUCAGGUGAAGCUGUUUGGGAAGGAGAAGCUAGAGGUGCCCCUGCCACCCUCUCUAGACAUCCCUUUACCUUUAGGGGAUGCAGAGGGAGAGGAUGAAGAGGAGGAGAUGCCUCCAGUGCCCACGAUGCCCUACACCCACCCUUACUGGAGCUUCCUCACACCACGCCAGCGAAACCUGCAACGGGCCCUGUCAGCCUUCCGUGCCCGCCAAGGCCUAGGCUUUGGCCCUGAGUUUGGCCACCCAACACCACGCCCAGCCACCUCACUGGCACGGUUCCUCAAAAAGACCCUGUCAGAAAAGAAGCCCAUCCCACGGCUCAGGGGCAGCCAAAAGGCCCGAGGGGGACGGCCCGCGGUCAGGGAAGCAGCCUACAAACGCUUUGGCUACAAGCUGGCCGGCAUGGACCCUGAUCGGCCCAACACACCCAUUGUGCUGAGACGCAGUCGGCCACAGGCUCGAAACAACAACAACUCCCACGGCCCACCCUCACCCAGGCCCACGCCACGGACCCUCACCCACUGGAGUGCACUCAUCUCCCCUCCAGUGCCUGGGCCAUCUCCCAGCCCUGGCCCACCGCCAGCUCCGCCCUUCUCUCCAACCCUUUCCAGGCCUCCACGGCUAGCUUCCCCCUACAGCUCACCCUAUGGCUCCCUCCGCCAGCAUCCACCACCCUGGGCUGCCCCAGCUCAUGUGCCCUUUACACCCCAAGCAAAUUGGUGGGGCUUUGCUGAGCCCCCUCCUCUGAGCCCAGAGGUUAACCCUGACCUUCUGGCCUUUCCUGUACCCCGGCCCUCUUUCAGAGCUUCCCGCAGUCGAGGGGCAGCUUUUGGCUUCCCCAGGGCUUCUCUGAUAGGGUCAAGGAGAAGGCCCAAUCUGCCCUCACCCCAACCCUCUUUGAGGAGCCUGCCAGGGCAAGGCUACCACUCACCUUUGGGGCCAUUGUCUCCUCAGCUAUCCCUCCGAAGGGGCCCCUUCCAGCCACCCUUCCCACCCCCUCCACGAAGGCCUCAGUCACUUCGGGAGACCUUCUCUCUGCAUCGAGCCUCUGGUCGCCUGCGCCCACCCCGCUCACCAGGGCUAGGUCCUCGCCGACCACCGUCACCACCCCCACUCCUGAACCAUGGUCCCCGGCACCGGUCCCUCAACCUGCCCUCACGCCUUCCACGGACUUGGCGGCGCCUCAGCGAGCCACCUACUCGGGCUGUGAAGCCAUGGGUACAUAGGCCCUACCACCCACCACCCAGUGCUGGACCCUGGGCCACAGGGUCUUUGGAGCACCAAGAGAACCAGCAUGAACCAGAAGACUCAGAGACGCCUUGGACAGUGCCCCCAUUGGCCCCCAGCUGGGAUGUGGACAUGCCUUCAACACAGCGCCCACCUUCCCCAUGGCCAGAAAGGGCAGGCAGCCUUAGAGGCUUCUCCAGGACUUCUCCUGUGCCUGAAAACCCCUUGCAUGAGCACAUGAGCCCUGUGCAUGAACCACAGCCUGAGGACCAAGCCUCCAAUCUAACUGGUAUCUUCCUGAGCCAACACCAUGACCCAGGGCCUGGGCAACUCACUGAGUCAGCCAGCCCAAGCUUGGAGAAUCCUGAAGAAGCAGUCACCCCAGGGGACCCUCAGCCACCAGCUGAGCCUGAGACCCUGAACCCAACACCUCCCAACAAAAAUAUUUGCUCAGAGAGGAAGGAUUUACAACUCAGCCUCUCAUACCCACUGGUCACACAUAAGCAGGCAAGGGCUACGUGGCCACUAUGGCGCCGCUGGAAGACAUUGUCCAGAACCCCAUCUCCCUUGGCCCCCACCAGAGCCCCAGGACCCUUGUUCAAGGCAGGGGAGAAACCCCAGGCUGAGCCUGGGCGGUUUGCGGUCGUCUUGCCUCAAGUACGAGGGCUGAGCUCCUUCCAGCGAAAAGGGUCUGCUCCCCUGCAGCCUCCAGAGCAUCCAGACCAAGACCCAGAGCAUGGCCCAGCACCUAAAGCCUGUAGUCUACGCUGGUCCCGCCUCUGGCCACCAACAGAUGCUCACUGUCCCUGGCCACGAGUACAAACCCACUCCUUUCAAUCCUACCUCCGGGGCCGUAGAAGUGACUGCCUGUCUCAAAGGGGCCCCUGGAAAAAGCCUGGCCCCCAAAGCUGGCAGAACAAGAUGCACUCCAUACGCAACCUGCCUUCUGUGCGGUCCCGUGAGCAGCACAGGGAAGAUGGUGUAGAGGACAUGACGCAGCUUCAAGACCUCCAAGAGACUACUGUGCUAUCCAACCUAAAGACCAGAUUUGAACGAAACCUCAUCUAUACCUAUAUCGGCAGCAUUCUGGUGUCGGUGAACCCAUACCAAAUGUUUUCGAUCUACGGGCCAGAGCAGGUGCAGCAGUACAGCGGGCGUGCCCUAGGAGAGAAUCCCCCGCACCUCUUUGCAAUUGCUAAUCUCGCCUACGCCAAAAUGCUUGAUGCCAAACAAAACCAGUGUGUCAUCAUCAGUGGGGAGAGUGGCUCUGGAAAAACUGAGGCCACGAAGCUGAUUCUCCGCUGCCUGGCUGCCAUGAACCAGAGAAGGGAUGUCAUGCAGCAGAUAAAGAUUCUGGAGGCAACACCUCUCCUGGAGGCCUUUGGUAAUGCCAAAACCGUCAGGAAUGACAACUCUAGCCGCUUUGGGAAGUUUGUGGAAAUCUUUCUAGAAGGGGGUGUGAUCUCUGGUGCCAUAACCUCUCAGUACCUGCUGGAGAAGUCAAGGAUCGUGUUCCAGGCCAAAAACGAGAGAAAUUACCACAUUUUCUAUGAGCUGCUGGCCGGCCUCCCAGCCCAACUGCAGCAGGCGUUCAGCCUGCAGGAGGCUGAGACCUACUACUACCUGAACCAGGGUGGGAACUGCGAGAUCGCUGGGAAGAGUGACGCAGAUGAUUUUCGCCGUCUGCUGGCUGCUAUGGAGGUGCUCGGCUUCACCAGUGAGGACCAGGACAGCAUCUUCCGCAUCCUGGCCUCCAUCUUACACCUGGGCAAUGUCUAUUUUGAGAAACAUGAGACGGAUGCCCAGGAGGUGGCCUCUGUGGUGAGCGCCAGGGAGAUCCAGGCUGUGGCCGAGCUGCUUCAGGUCUCCCCUGAGGGCCUGCAGAGGGCCAUUACCUUCAAAGUGACUGAGACCAUUCGAGAGAAGAUCUUCACACCCCUAACUGUGGAGAGUGCCAUAGAUGCCAGGGAUGCCAUCGCCAAGGUCUUGUACGCACUGCUGUUUGGCUGGCUCAUCACCAGGGUCAACGCUCUGGUGUCUCCAAAACAUGAUACGUUGUCCAUCGCCAUCCUGGACAUCUAUGGCUUUGAGGACUUGAGCUUCAACAGCUUUGAGCAACUCUGCAUCAACUAUGCCAAUGAGAACCUUCAGUACCUGUUCAACAAGAUUGUCUUCCAGGAGGAACAGGAGGAGUACAUUCGAGAGCAGAUGGACUGGCGAGAGAUCGCCUUUGCCGACAACCAGCCCUGCAUCAACCUCAUCUCCCUGAAGCCCUAUGGCAUCCUGCGCAUCCUGGAUGACCAGUGCUGCUUCCCACAGGCCACAGACCACACAUUCCUGCAGAAAUGCCAUUACCACCACGGCGCCAACCCACUCUACUCUAAGCCCAAGAUGCCACUGCCAGAGUUUACCAUCAAGCACUAUGCAGGCAAGGUCACCUACCAGGUGCACAAGUUUCUGGACAAAAACCAUGACCAAGUGCGCCAGGAUGUGCUGGACUUGUUUGUGCACAGCCGCACGAGGGUGGUGGCACACCUCUUCUCUAGCCAUGCUGCACAGACUGCCCCUCCACGACUGGGCAAGAGCAGCUCCAUUACCCGACUCUACAAGGCUCACACUGUGGCAGCCAAGUUUCAGCAGUCACUCCUGGAUCUGGUGGAAAAAAUGGAGAGGUGUAACCCCUUGUUCGUGCGUUGCCUGAAACCCAACCAUAAGAAGGAACCAGGUCUCUUUGAGCCAGAUGUGAUGAUGGCGCAGUUACGCUAUUCAGGGGUUCUGGAGACUGUGCGGAUCCGCAAGGAAGGCUUUCCAGUGCGACUCCCCUUCCAGGUGUUUAUCGACAGGUACCGCUGUCUGGUGGCCCUCAAGCUCAGUGUGCCGGCGGAUGGGGACACGUGUGUGUCGUUGCUCAGCCGGUUGUGCACAGUCACUCCAGACAUGUACCGUGUUGGGGUUAGCAAGCUCUUCCUCAAGGAGCACCUGCACCAGCUACUGGAGAGCAUGCGGGAGCGAGUCCAGAACCGGGCCGCCCUCACCCUGCAGCGCUACCUCCGAGGCUUCUUCAUUCAGCGGCACUUCCGCUCCCUGCGGCGGAAGAUCAUCCUGUUGCAGAGCAGGGCCCGUGGCUUCCUGGCCAGACAACGCUACCAGCAGAUGAGGCAGAGUCUGGUGAAGUUCCGUUCCCUGGUGCAUACCUACGUGAACCGCCGCCGCUACAUCAAGCUGAGGGCAGAGCGGAGGCGCCGGGCACAGGAGGCAUGGCUGCGUGAGCAGGAGGAGCUCAGCAAGCGUGAAGUGGUGCCAGUGAGGCACCUGGAGGUGCCAGCGGAGGUGGCAGGGCUCCUGCAGGCGGCAGCCGGCCUCAAGCUGUCCAGUGUGCCCCGAGUAGCCAUCGUCCGGACUCCUAGGCUCCAGACGGAGCCCUGUGUCACCCUUCCCCUGGACAUCAACAACUACCCCAUGGCCAAGUUCAUCCGGUGCCACUUCAAGGAACCCUCCUUUGGGAUGCUGACAGUGCCCCUGAAGAUGCCUCUCACACGGCUACCUGUGGAGCACCAUGCCGAAGCCAUAAGUGUUUUUAAGCUAAUCCUGCGUUUCAUGGGAGACCCCCACCUGCACGGCACCCAGGAGAUGAUCUUGGGGAACUACAUCGUGCACCGGGGGCUGGUGGAGCCAGAACUGAGGGAUGAGAUCCUAGCCCAGCUGGCCAACCAGGUGUGGCGCAACCACAAUGCCUACAAUGCCAAGCGUGGCUGGUUGCUGCUGGCCGCCUGCCUAAGCGGCUUUGCACCUUCCUCACACCUUGACAAGUUCCUCCUCAAGUUUGUGUCUGAUUAUGGGCAGAAUGGCUUCCAGGCUGUGUGCCAGCACCGCCUCCUGCAGGCUCUGGGCUCGGGGGCUGCCCGCACCUUUCCCCCGACACAGCUCGAGUGGAUCGCCAUCCAGGAGAAGGCCAGUAUGGCUCUGGAUGUGAGCUGCUUCAACGGUGACCAGUUCUCCUGUCCGGUGCAUGCCUGGAGUACGGGGGAAGCAGUUGCUGGAGACAUUCUAAAGCACAGGGGGCUGGCCGAUGGUUGGAGAGGCUGGACAGUGGCCAUGAAGAAUGGAGUCCAGUGGGCAGAGCUGGCAGGACAUGACUAUGUGCUGGAUCUGGUGUCAGACCUGGAACUGCUCAGGGACUUUCCUCGACAGAAAUCCUACUUCAUUGUGGGUGCAGAAGGGCCUUUGGCUGGCAGAGGAGAUGCCAGAGGGGUGUUUGGGAACUGCUGGGAUUCAGAUGAGGACACACCCACAAGGCCUCAGCCCCAGGACCACAUGCCCAAAAUGCCUGACUUUGAUGGGUACUGCAGCCACAAUGAGGACGGUACAAGUGGGGAAACUGAGGCCCAGAGAUGGACAUCACCUCGCCAAGCUGUGGACAGCACCAGAGAACCCACCGUGCCCCCUAGGGAGCUGGAUGGCUACUUGGACAGCCUCUUCGACCCUGUGCUGGCCUGUGGGGAUGCGGACCUGGAGAAGCCGACAGCCAUCGCCUACCGCAUGAAAGGUGGGGGCCAGCCAGCUGGAAGUGGCAGCAGUGCUUCUGAGGAUACCCCCCGGAGACCCCCAGACCUCAAGGUCAAACCCAUCCCAGGCCUGGAUGCCUCCACACUGGCUCUGCAACAAGCCUUCAUCCACAGGCAGGCUGUACUACUGGCCCGGGAGAUGACCCUACAGGCUUUGGCACUCCAGCAGCAGCCCCCGAGUGCAACCUCAAGACCCCAGCCCCCAGAGAGACCACUAGCUCCAGAGGCACGGCCGAAGACUGUAGGCACUGGUCCCCCAGCCAAGCCCGUGCUCGUACGCCCCACUCCACAGUCGCUGGCCCCAGGCUCAGUGGCAAAGGCCCCGAAGAUCCCUAGCAAGCCCGUGGCUGCCCCUAUCCUAGGUCAGGAUUGGACUGCUCCAGAAUCCAUUUCAGCCUCUCCAGAGCUGGUUCGGUAUUCCACACUCAAUUCAGAGCACUUCCCACAACCCACACAGCAGAUCCGAAGCAUCAUCAAACAGUGCAAGCAGCCACCCUGGGCAGGGCGCCCUGAGGCCCGCAGAACGGAUGGUGGGAAGGUGUUCAGGAGGCCACCUGACCCCCAUGAGGAAGCCCUGAUGAUCCUGAAGGGACAGAAGACUCACAUGGCAGUAGUGCCUGGCACUCAGGUGUCCAGAGAGGCUGUGGCCCUGGUGAGGCCGGUGACCAGUGCCCCAAGGCCAUGCAUGGGGCCCGCUCCAGUGCAGCCUUCAAGGUCGCUGGACCCUCCAGAGGAUCCUGUGCAGACACAGCUGCACCGCCUAGUCAACCCCAACUUCUAUGGCUACCAGGACGCCCCCUGGAGGAUCUUCCUGCGCAAAGAGGUAUUUUACCCUAAGGACAGCUACAGUCACCCCGUGCAGCUGGACCUCCUGUUCCGGCAGAUUCUUCAUGACACGCUCUCUGAGGCCUGCCUACGCAUAUCUGAGGAUGAGCGGCUGCAGAUGAAGGCCCUGUUUGCCCAGAACCAGCUGGACACACAGCGACCUCUGGUCACAGAAAAUGUGAAGCGGGCUGUGAUCAGCAUGGCCCGAGACAGCUGGGAGGUCUACUUCUCCCGCCUCUUCCCGGCAAUGGGCAGUGUGGGCACUGGCGUGCAGAUCCUGGCCGUAUCCCACACGGGCAUCAAGCUCCUGAGGAUGGUCAAAGGCAGCAGAGAGGCCAGCAGACAGCUUCGGGUCCUGUGUGCAUACAGCUUUGCAGACAUCCUGUUUGUGACCAGGCCAUCCCAGAACAUGCUAGAGUUCAACCUGACCAAUGAGAAGAUCAUCCUCUUCUCGGCCCGAGCUCAUCAGGUCAAGACCCUAGUAGACAACUUCAUUCUGGAGCUGAAGAAGGAUUCUGACUACGUGGUGGCAGUGAGGAACUUCCUGUCUGAGGACCCAGAACUGCUGUCCUUCCACAAGGGUGACAUCAUCCACCUGCAGCGCCUGGAACCACCUAGAGUGGGCUACAGCGCCGGUUGUGUGGUCCGCAAGAAACUGGUGUACCUGGAAGAGCUGCGGCGGAGAGGCCCUGACUUUGGCUGGCGGUUCGGGGCGGUCCACGGGCGCGUGGGCCGCUUUCCUUCCGAGCUCGUGCAGCCCGCCGCCGCGCCAGACUUCCUGCAGCUCCCGGCGGAGCCGGGCCGGGGCCGGGCUGCAGCCGUGGCCGCCGCCGUGGCCUCGGCAGCAGCCGCACGCGAAGUGGGGCGCCGGAGAGAGGGUCCUCCAGUCAGGGCGCGUUCCGCUGACAGCGGAGAGGACGCUGUGGCGCUCCCACCGAGCACAAUGCUUGAAUUUGCCCAGAAGUAUUUCCGAGACCCUCGGAGGCGUCCCCGGGAUGGCCUCAAGCUGAAGUCUAAGGAGGACCAGGAGUCCAAAACUCUGGAAGACAUGCUUUGCUUCACUAAGGCCCCGAUCCAGGAAUCCCUCAUUGAACUCAGUGACAGCAAUCUCAACAAGAUGGCGGUUGACAUGUUCCUAGCUGUGAUGAGAUUCAUGGGAGAUGCCCCACUGAAGGGCCAGAAUGAACUGGAUGUCCUCUGUACCCUCCUGAAGUUUUGUGGGGAUCAUGAGGUCAUGCGAGAUGAAUGCUACUGUCAGAUUGUGAAGCAGAUCACAGACAACACCAGCUCCAAGCAGGACAGCUGUCAGCGAGGCUGGAGGCUGCUGUACAUCGUGGCUGCCUACUACAGCUGCUCUGAGGUCUUCUACCCAUACCUUGUUCGCUUCCUCCAACAUGUGAGCUGGACCCCAGGACUGCCUUUCCAAGGGAUUGCCAAGGCCUGUGAACAGAACCUGCAGAAGACCUUGCGUUUCGGGGGCCGUCUGGAGCUCCCCAGUAAUAUGGAGCUUCGAGCUAUGUUGGCAGGCCGAAGUUCCAAGAGGCAGCUUUUUCUUCUUCCAGGAGGCCUUGAACGCCAUCUGAAAAUCAAAACAUGCACUGUGGCCCUGGAUGUGAUAGAGGGGCUCUGCACCGAAAUGGCCCUGACGUGUCCUGAAGCCUUUGAUGAGUAUGUCAUUUUUGUUGUCACCAACCGAGGCCAGCACGUGUGUCCACUGAGCUGCCGGGCCUACAUCCUGGACGUGGCUUCAGAAAUGGAGCAGGUGGAAGGUGGCUACACACUCUGGUUCCGGCGGGUGCUUUGGGAUCAGCCACUGAAGUUUGAGAAUGAGCUGUAUGUGACCAUGCACUACAAUCAGGUCCUGCCAGACUACCUGAAGGGCCUCUUCAGCAGCGUGCCAGCCAGCCAGCCCAUCGAGCAACAACUGCAGCAGGUGUCCAAGCUGGCUUCCCUGCAGCACCGCGCCAAGGACCACUUCUACCUGCCCAGCGUGCGUGAAGUUCAAGAGUACAUCCCAGCCCAGCUCUACCACACCACACCCAGUGACACCUGGCUCAACCUGGUUAGCCAACACCGGCAGCAGACUCAGGCACUCAGCCCCCACCAGGCCCGUGCUCAGUUCCUCGGCCUCCUCAGUGCUUUUCCCCUGUUCGGCUCCUCCUUCUUCUUCAUCCAGAGCUGCAGCAACGUCACCGUACCAGCCCCCUGUAUCCUCGCCGUCAACCAUAAUGGCCUCAACUUCCUCAGCACCAAGACCCAUGAGCUAAUUGUGAAGAUUCCCCUGAAGGAGAUCCAGUCCACAUGGACUCAGCAGCCCACGGCCAAUUCCAGCUACCCUUAUGUGGAGAUCUCACUGGGGGAUGUGGCAGCCCAGCGUACCAUGCAGCUCCAGCUGGAGCAGGGUCUGGAGCUGUGUCGUGUGGUGGCUGUGCAUGUGGAGAGCAUGCUCAGUGCCCGGGAGGAGCGGCUUACACUGCCCCCGAGCGAGAUCACCCUGCUCUGACAUGGCCUGUCUUCUCCAUGCUUCCUGCCAGAAGAUUACUCUGUGGCCUAAGGGUAGUUGCUGGGCCUUUCAGGACCAGUGACCCCAGACAAGGGCCAGAACCUAUGAGGAGAUCGAAGGAGACAGGAGGAAAAACUCAAGAACCCAACGGGACCUAUCUGGAACUGGGAUGGAAUCACGGAUGCAGCCAAGGGUUAGUUAGCAGAAGUAACUUUUAAAGGCUGGCCUGUCAUACAGUGAGGAAUAAAUCAGGACCACUGGGCCUCCAGAAGGUGACAGGCUCCACCUUGACUACUACCCUUGACAGGGAAGCCCCACACCAGUAGUCUAGAUGUAUUGGGGCCUGCCUUUGGUUUCUUUAAGGCUUGAUACUCAGAUCUGCUCCAGAUUCAUCCCCAGCCUUCCAUGUGUCCUUGUCAAGUGCCCGCAGCCUGGAUCUGUGACCCUUGGUCGUUUCUUUGCAAAUAAGAGGUAUUCCUGGCAACCAUGUUCUCCAUGAACCUACUCAAUGGCUGGAAAGCAAGCCUGAGAGAGGAGGGAGAGGCACAGAUGUACCAGACUCACUGCAAUGAACAGCAUUUCCAGCAGACACAUCUGCCCUUCCCCCUCUCUAAGGACCCUGGACCUCCACUCUACAAUAUUUUGGUAGCCCCAACCCCAGCUUCCAUCUCAGGAUGGACCACCCAAAGCACAAGAGUGGGGCAGUAAAGAAGGUUCAUCACAGGACUGGAGAGACAACUCAGCAGUUAAGAGCACUGUUCUUCCAGAGGACCCAGGUUCAAUUCCCAGCACUUACAUGGCAGCUCACAACUGUCUGUAACUCCAGUUCCAGGGGAUCUGACACCUUCACACCAAUGCACAUAAAAUAAAUUUAAAAAAAAAAUAAGUUCCAUCUCUGGGGGUAGGGCUAGGAAGGCUGAGAAAAAGCCUUUCAGAGAUUGGUACAUUAUGAUUGGAUUUUGAAGGAUGAGUAAAGUUUGCUAAGAAUAGAUGGAAAGGAGAGGGUUAGACAUUCUAGAGGAAACCAUAGUUUCCUGCUGGAUUUGCAGAUGGAGGCUCUAGCCCAAAAUGAUGGCUAAUGUACAGUAGGCCCUUCAAAAAUACUUGCCAUAUAAAUGAAAGGAUAAAUAAAGGAAUGCUAGGUAUAUUGGUAUACACCUGCAAUCUCAGUGCUCCAGAGGCUGAGUCAGAAGGAUUACUUCGAGUUCGAGGCCAACCCAGGCUACACAGCAAGACCCUGUUUGGAAAAGAAAAAAAAAGAUGCUGGGGAGAUGCCUCAGUGGUUAAAUGCAUUGGCUGCUCUCCCAGAGGACCUGGGUUCAGUUCCUAGCACCCACACAGCAGAUGACAACCAUUUGUAACUCCAGUUCCACAAGGUCUGUUUUCCAUGAGUACCAAGCAACAUGUGAUGUGCACACAUGUGCAGG